CUACUUUUCAUUUGCUUUCACCUUAUCUCUCUCUCUCUAUCUUUCAUCUUUUGGCUUUUCUCUUCAUCAAAUUCAUCGGAGGAUAUGGCUUCUUCUCUUAACAUCCAAUUGCCGUGCGACGACGGAGUAUGCAUGCGAUGCCAAUCAACACCACCGCCGGAGGAUUCUAUAACUUGCAGCACCUGCGGUACGCCUUGGCACGUGUCAUGCCUCUCGUCUCCUCCCGAAACCCUAGCCUCGACUUUACAGUGGCUUUGUCCCGAUUGCUUUGGAGAUACCGAUCCUCUUCAUGUUUCCGGUGCUGCGGCCGGGCACGGAUCUGUUGGGUCAGAUCUUGUUGCGGCCAUCCACGCGAUCGAGGCGGAUGGGUCUUUGAAUACCGAGGAGAAAGCUUGGAAAAGGCAACGGUUAGUGAGUGGUAAAGCCGUCGCUGAAGAUGAAGAAGAAGAGAAGAAGGGAAAAGGAAAAGAAGAUGUGUUAUCCACACUUGACAAGAACCUUAUUUGUUCUUAUUGUACACAGUUACUUGAGCGGCCUGUGACGAAACCAUGUGGGCACAACGCUUGCUUGAAAUAUUUUCAGAAGUGGAUGGGUCAGGCAAAGCGCACUUGCGGAAAAUGUCGUGCCAUUGUUCCUGAGGAAAUGGCAACAAAUCCCCGUAUCAACUUGUCCAUUGUUUCUGCUAUCCGUUUAGCAAAAGGCUUUAAAACUUCAAAGGUCCGUCCUCAUUUCAUUAGCAACGAAGACCUACCAGAUAAAGCAUUUACAACGGAGCGUGCAAAGAAAAAUGGGAACGCGAAUGCUUCCAGUGGCAAGAUAUUUGUUAACAUUCCAAAUGAUCAUUUUGGUCCCAUACUAGCGGAAAAUGAUCCCCGUAGGAAACAAGGUGUUCUUGUUGGGGAGUGUUGGAAUAACCGAUAUGAGUGUAGACAGUGGGGGGUUCAUUUCCCACAUAUUGCCGGGAUUGCGGGACAGGCUGAUCACGGGGCACAAUCUGUGGUACUCGCUGGAGGCUAUGUGGAUGAUAAGGACCAUGGAGAGUGGUUUCUCUAUACUGGAAGUGGGGGAAAAGAUUUAAGUGGCAACUUAAGGACUAAUGAGACUCAUUCUUUUGAUCAAGAGUUCACAUAUUCUAAUAAAGCUUUAAGACUUAGUUGCGAGCGUGGGUAUCCUGUUCGAGUUAUCAGGUCAGACAAGGUUUGUUCUCCAUAUAACCCUGAGAACGGAGUGAGGUAUGAUGGGAUUUACAGAAUUGAGAAGUGCUGGCGAAAUGUUGGAGUACAGGGUUUUUUUAAGGUCUGUCGUUUCCUGUUUGUUAGAUGUGACAAUGACCCAGCUCCAUGGACCAGCGAUGAGCAUGGAGAUCGUCCAAGACCAUUGCCUGAUAUUCCUGAGCUUGAUAUGGCCACAGACCUGUUUGAGAGACAAGAAAGUCCAUCAUGGGAUUUUGAUCAAGUUAAGGGUCUUUGGAGAUGGAUGAAGCCUCCACCUGCUAGUAAAAUGGCGGCGAAAGACUCAAAGAGGAGAAAACUUCUGAAAAAGUUUAGUUGUGAGAUUUGUCGACAAGUGAUGACUCUUCCUGUGACAACACCUUGUGGUCAUAACUUCUGCAAGGCAUGUUUGGUAGCUAAAUUUUCUGGGAUAACUCUAAUGAGGGAGAGAAACAAUGGUGGACGCACACUACGCACACAGAAGAAUGUAAUGAACUGCCCUAGCCAUCUUUGUCCCACUGACAUUUCUGACUUUCUCCAGAACCCUCAGGUCAAUAGAGAUGUAAUGGAAGUGAUAGAGAAGCUGAAGAAUCAGGAAGAGGACAACGAAGAGCCUGAAGGGGAUGAAGGUGAAUGCUCUGGUACCAAUUCUGAGGAAGAAACUAAUCUGGUCGUGUCUGAAGAAGCUCAUGAGCAACCAGCAAAACGAAUUAAGUUGGACACUGACGCCGUGAUUACCGGGACUGUCGUUGAAUCAGACAUGGAGUAGGUAGGGACCUUUCCAUUGGCUAUUUUGGAUCGAACCAUCAGACAAAGUUUGAGACUAAGUGGUUUUGUUUUGGAACUUUAAGACAUUUAUUUGAUGAAAAAAAACUCUAGUACAUGCAUGAUGUCGUACGUAACAUUUGUGGAACGUAUUGCAACUGAGUUCUAAAAUUUGGUUCUCUGGUUUAAUUA